AUGUGGGACGGCUAUGGAUAUCUGGUCGAAGAUUUAGCAGAUCCUCGCACAAAAGAUUGGUUUCUCGUAAAGAAUCCGUUAAUUAUCGCAUCAAUCCUCGUAUCGUACAAUUACUUUUGUAUCAAAAUGGGGCCAAAUAUAAUGAAGAACAGAGAACCUUUCGAAAUGAAAAUUAUCAUUAAAUUAUAUAAUUUAUUUCAUAUUAUGCUGAGUAUGUUCAUUUUUAGAGAGGCCUGUGUAGAAGUAUUUUUCAGAGAUUUUAGCUUAUUCUGCCAUCGGGUCAAUCAAUCAACUGAUCCAACGACUUUACGGCUUCUUUCAGCUGUUUGGCUGUACUAUGUGGCAAAAUUGGCCGAAUUACUUGAUACAGUAAUCUUCGUUUUAAAGAAGUCUAAUAGGCAAAUAUCAUUUUUGCAUCUAUACCACCACACGUUAAUGGCAGUGGCGGCCUGGGUAGCUGUCAAAUAUUUUCCUGGUGGACAAGCUAUUAUUAUCGGAUGGAUUAAUUCCUUUAUACACAUAAUCAUGUACAUUUACUAUCUUAUGGCAAGUUAUGGACCAAAGUAUAAAAGAUACUUGUGGUGGAAGAAAUACCUUACCGUAAUGCAAAUAGUACAAUUUGGAGUAAUAAGCAUUCAAUUCAUAAUAAGCUUAUUUCAUGAUUGCGGAUUUCCGACUGUUAUCAAACUUCUAGUCAUUACUGGAACAAGUGCAUUCACAUGGAUGUUUAGCAGCUUCUACUACAACAGUUAUAUCAAGCCAAGGGAAUUAAAAAAAUGUAACACUUGUGAA